AACGCAAAACCACUUUUCCUUCACGCAUCGCAACGCAUCUACACUUCCCAAAACGCAGCAGCACUUCUUUCCUCCACUUCCCAAAUCGCAGAAGGACCAGGGAACAGAAGAGACCCUUCGUUUUCAGUCCGGAACUGGCGAGAUCAAUGGACGCCGCCGGGGAGGCCUCGUCGCCGUCGUCCCCGUCGAAGCUGCGGGACAAGCUGCGGACCACGGUGUGCUGUUGCUUCGGCGCGGGCGGCGGCCCGGAGAGGACGAGGUGGCGGCGGCGGGGCGCGGCCGCGGCCGCGGGCGAGUUCCGCUACGACGCGCUCAGCUACGCGCUCAACUUCGACGAGGGCGACGACGACGACGCGUACGCGGACCCCGCCGCGGUCUUCCGGUACAGGAACUUCAACGCGCGCCUCCCGUCCUCGCCGGCCGCCGCUGCCGCGGUUGGGACCCAGCGGCAACACACCACGGCCAUCGCCUAGAACGUAGAACGUGAUGGCUCUCCUGUAAUUUUUUUGGCCGACUUCUGUAAUUUUUUUGGGCCCCCUCCUUUAACUGUACGAUCUACUAAACGAGCGACAGAGUUCUUAAGCUCCUCUGUGCAGCGACGUACUCUAGCGCGUUUUAUGUAUAUAGUAUUAUUACUCUUGUCA